AUGGGUCGUAAUAAUAAGCGUAAAAGUCAAGACAGGAGAGCAGGCUCUUCUGACAACUGGUGGCAAGGUAAGUUCGAUCAGAACAAACACAAUAAUAAUAACAACAACAGGAGAACGGGAAUCGACUACUGCCCUUUGAAAAAGCAGCAGUACAGAUCCGAUGAUACCUGCUAUAGCGUCCAGGAGGUGCAGCAGUUCGCGGAUCACAAUAUGACGUGUCUGCCCGACUAUGCGCCCUGGGAGACGAUCCAUCAGAAGCAACUGCCGCACUUCAAUCUCGAGACGAUUAGGGAGGUGCCGAUCCACCAGAUCCUCAGCAAGCGGAAUUUCCAGAUUGCGCGAGCGGACGUGAACGGAAGGGAACUCCUCGAGGACUGUCCAGGGCUCGACUACUGGAGCCUCAAGCAAGCCCUGCACCUCGCCUCGUGCUUCCUCGUCGUAAGUAUCCCCUUCUGGCACACCAUCUUCGAAGGUAAGCUCCGCCCCAUCCUCGGCGCUCCCACGCGAAGCUACGAGUUCGUCGAGAACAACGAAGCAUUCCUCUUCGGCGACGCCAGGAAAAGGACAAUGGACUUGCUCCAGAACCUCGCUCAAUACGUCAAAUUCGAAGUCAACCAGGACCCUCAAGCGACCAGCUGCACGGUCGCCGGUGAAGACAUCACCGGCCACGGCCACGACUUCUCCCACGGCAAGCAGAGCACCAUCUACCUCAGCCAGCAAAAAGUCCUUGCCGCCAUGGCCGCGGCCCAGGACGGCGCGGAUCCCCUCUUCAAGGCUGCUGCCAUGUUCGAUAUCGCCCGAGACAUCGCACACGAACUCACCCACGCCGCCAUCUUCGCGGCACGCGGUACGCACUGGCGCGCGAAAGAGGGCGAAAUGAGCUGGUACCGCGCGAAAUUCUUCUUCAAAGGCAACCCCGUAGCGGACGGCGCCUUCGAGCUCGAGCACCGCAUGCUAGGCGGCCGUAUCGAAUUCGUCCCCGAAGAGGGCGGGCAAGGUCUCCCCACGUACUACCUGAUGAACGGCCGACCUAGCGCUUUCCAGCGUAAAGUCAUCUCCCUCGACCGUCCACAGCAGAACAUCCGCUGCAUAUACGACGACUUCGCCGCCAAGACUGGCCUUCGCGCUCAGCACGCGCCAGUGUUCCAGGCGCAUUACGUGCACAUGGCGCUGAUCUGCCAGCUGUUCCAGGCGGACUUUUGGUACCUGGUGGGUCAGAAUGGGAAUCAGAUUCCGAGCCUGAAGAGUGUGUAUGCGGUUAAUUAUCGAUACCCUAGCUCGCCGAUCGAUCACUAUGCACCGCUUGAUUCUCCGCGACUGGCGGAGGAGGCGGGGUGGGACGAGGCUGAGUCGCGGCCGGCGAUGCAGCUUUGUCAUUUUUCUAGUGAUGGGUUGCCGAGAGGCUGUUCGGCGAGUUUGAGGGUGUUGGAGCAGAGGCAGGAGGUUGCUGGGACGGAGGAGGAUGAUUUGAUGGAUAUCGAUGGUGGGUUUGUGUAUGUUGGUCAUGGACCGGCGAAGGUUGUCAAGUCAGAGGUCUUUGAGAUUCACCAUUGA